AUGUCAAGUCACUUUCUUCUGGCUAUAGUCGCGGGCUUCAGUGCCUUAUGCUUCUACCAGAUAUCUCACUACCUUUCCACCUCCGUGGACAUCAUUCACCUGUCCUCUCUUCGUAACCCUCACGCUGCAAGCUGGACGAGCUGGUUCCACCCGCAACGACAAUGGGGUUACGGUGAUGAACCUACGGCAGGUACCUUGCCUCAGCAAGACGGCGGACGUUAUGCGAAGGAUUGGAACAUACUGUAUCACUUAGGUGGUAAUGGGCCAUGGGUUGAGAAGAUUGAUGGUGUUGUAGAAGGUGGCAUCAUGGUACCUAAGGGUUGCGUUGUCGACCAGGUCCAUAUGAUGUCUCGGCAUGCCGAACGAUAUCCCACGACCAAAGCUGGCGUUCGAAUAAUGAAGCCUCUGAAGCGAAUACAGCAACAAGCUGAUGUGAAGCCCGCUGGUGAUUUGGCGUUCGUGAGCGACUGGGACUUCAUCAGCUCUGAUCCACAGACGCAUUUUGAACAGCUCACGUCGACAGGUCCUUUUGCCGGGAAGCUUGGUGCAUUCACGACUGGCAUUAAGCUUCGCACCCGUUAUGCUCAUCUUCUACCCAAAAGGCUCGCGCCUAAUGGUAAGACUAACUUCUGGGCCAGUGACAGCGCUCGAGUCAUUGAAACUGCAAGGCAUUUUGGAGCUGGCUUCUUUGGCCUCAAUUGGGAAGACACCUCAACUUUACAUGUCAUACCUGAAACCGCAGAAAGAGGUGGUGAUACUUUGACACCAGGCGACACAUGCAAGCGAUAUCUUCAUGACAUGCAGAAAGGGCACGACCAGGGCUACUCCAAGAUCGUUGAAUUUCGUGAUACAUAUAUCGGCGCUGCAAAGGAGAGACUUCUGAAAGACAAUCCUGAGUUCAAAUUCACGAAUGAGGAGGUAUUUGCCAUGCAGGAGUUAUGUGCGUUCGAAAUCACCACCCGAGGGAGCAGUCUUUGGUGCGAUGUCUUCUCACGAGAAGAUUGGCUCAACUUUGAGUAUGCUAGAGAUGUGAUCCACUACUACCGUGCUGGACCAGGUACACCGUAUGCAGCAACCAUGGGUGGUCUUUAUCUUAAUGCGACUGCCAAACUCCUUGAGCAGGGUCCUGAGGCUGGACCUUUCUUUUUCAGUUUCGUCCAUGACGGUGACAUGACCCCUCUCCUAUCUGCCCUAGAUAUUUUCCAUGACGAUGAAGAUCUCCCAACCACCCACCGUGUCGACAGCCGGGCAUGGCGAACAUCACAGAUUACUCCUAUGGGUGGUCGCAUAAUAUUUGAACGUAUGACCUGUGACGUUGGUUUGAAGGAGAAAGUACCACAUGUCCGCAUCAACAUGAAUGAUGGCAUUGUCGCUUUACCUGGCUGUCAGAAUGGACCAGGACACAGCUGUCCACUCGACGACUUUCUCAGCUGGACGCGCAAGAGAAUGGUCGAGAUUGGAGACUUCAAUGAAGUUUGCGGACUGAGAGCUUACGAGCCAGAUGCUCCUGAUAUGAUUACAUUCCUGCACCAACACGCAUAG